GACAUAACUUUCUUCCAACUUUUUUCAAAAAUAGAGACAUGUAACCGAAGAUAAGAAGUCGAAAUUUGUUUCUUUUUAUAGAGUGGGGGAAAAUCUAGUCAUUGAAAUCAUUAUUUAAGCGUUUAACCUGACUUGUGACAGUCGAUUCCCAUAAGUUCCCAUUACUGAUACUCGGAAUUAUUGGAGUAUAUAAACCGCAAAUUCUUCAUUAUUGUAAUAGCCUGCUCAGUGUAAUAAGCAGAAAAAGGAAACGGCCUAUUAUAGUGUCUGACAGUAUCGACUCUGGUCGAUUUUCGAGGCCGGCUUCUUUCAGGGAGGAUGUAGUUGAAAAAUGUAGCAGAAAUGUAGAAAGGUAAAUCGGCUUAUUGUGAAGAAUGUCGAAAUUCUGGUGCCUCGUGGCCCUGGUUUCGGCUUUACAAUUUGUCAAGCCGUGUUGUCUUCCUAGGCAGAUCCAGUUUGAUAUGACAGUUAAAGGAUACGAGGAAUUUGGAGGAGAAAAAUUUUACUACACGGAUCAUAGAACAUAUUAUUAUGAUGAAGAUAGGAAUUGUACCUUUAUGAGAUCUGAAUCAGGAGAUUUUCAGUUAAGAAUACUAACUAACUACUCCUCUGGAACUGAAUACACUGUUGGAGACAAUUGCUAUAUGAGAUCACUUUCUAUUACAUUUGAAAAAAUGUGUUUGUCAGAUAAUGCAGUUUUCCAAAGGGAAAUAAUUACGAGAAAUGGCACGAUUUUUACCCGUGUGCACGUGUACAAGGCAGACAUUUCGGACUAUGAUCGAGUGUUUGAGCGAGAAUAUGGAGUGGUUUCCGAAGGAGAAACAUGCUAUUUUCUCUGGUGGAAAGACACUGAUCGAGCACGGAGUAUGGGAGAUAGGGAAUAUUCUCCUGAGACAGUUACGUUUACAAAUAUUCAGAGACAAAUUUUGGAUAACUCUGUGUUCGAGGUUCCAGAGAUAUGUGCAGAGGCAGAGAUUUUUUAAAAUGGCUGUGAUGUCUCAUAUUGUCGCUGAACACUGGAUAAUGUCAUGCUUUUAUUGUGUUUAAGUGUCCUUGGAGCAAAUCAAUAUUAUCUAUUGACCAUCACUUAGGUUAAUUUCUCUGUACAAUGGUGUCAUAGAUUCGUCAGUAGAAAUCAAAAGCAAUUCCCGGAUGCAUUAAUUUAAUUUUUGAUAUUGUGCAUUGAAAUUCUCAUGAGCUUCUAGCACGAAUCUGCUUAAUGCAAGUUUCCCUCUCAGCAGUGAUCGUCUGUUGUACGUCGUCUGCAGACAUUUGCUCUUGUGCAUUGAGCGAUAAAUAUGGCGACUGCCAAGUGACCAUUACAUUCAAUCGAUUAAUGGCAAUUGUUCUCUUUAUUCCCCCUGAGGGAAUAUUGUUGACGAUAAGUGAACGAUACAAAUGUGUUGAUCUUGCCUGGCAAACUGAAAUUGAUGAGAAUUUUCCAUAGAUUAACAUCGUUACAUAUGUUACCGAAAUUAAAACAAAAAUUGUCGAGUUAAAAAGUUAUUUGUGCUCACAUAUUGUAAUUUUGUAUCAUUAUUUAUUGUUUUGUAAAAUAAAAAUGAGUAAAUCUA